AUGUCACCUGAGAUGUUUUCUACGCGGCACAGUGGAGGGGGCACCAUCAUGAUCUGGGGUGCUUUCUCCUUUAAUGAAACAAUGGAGCUCCAGGUUGUGCAGGGGCGUCAAACAGCAGCUGGCUAUGGGGAGAUGUUGCAGCGGGCAUCCCUCAUGACUGAUAACCCUCGUCUUUGUGGUAAUGACUGGGUUUUUCAGCAGGACAACGCUACAGUUCACAAUGCCCAUCCGACCAAGAAUUCUUUCCACGAGAAUAGCGUCACCCUUUUGGACCCUCCUGCAUGUUCCCCUGAUCUAAAUCCAAUUGAGAACAUUUGGGGAUGGAUGGCAAGGGAGAUUUAUAAAAAUGGACAUCAGUUCCAGACAGUGGAUGCCCUUCGUGAAGCCAUCUUCACCACUUGGAGUAACAUUCCCGCUAGCCUUUUGGAAACACUUGCAUCAAGCAUGCCAAAACGAAUUUUUGAAGAAAUCAACAACAAUGGUUGA